CAGCGGAGCCACACCGCCUCACCACCGUGAGCCCUCAGCCCACGCCCAGCCCGCCGGGGUCACGGCGCAGCGGUCCCGGCGGCGCGCAGGCGCACAGCGUGUCCGCGCCUCCAACAUGGCUGAGGUGGUGCCGCUUCUUUUGCGGUGGGUGCGGAAGGGAGGAUGCUAGGCGUCUGGGGAGCCGGUGCCGUAGCAGGGGUGCUGAGGCGGACUCCUUGCAGCCAUGGCUAGGCUGGCCGACUAUUUCAUCGUGGUGGGCUAUGACCACGAGAAGACAGCAGGACCAACGGAAGGCUUGGGAAAAAUAAUACAAAGAUUUCCUCAGAAGGACUGGGAAGAUACUCCUUUUCCACAGGGAAUAGAGUUGUUUUGCCAGCCUGGAGGAUGGCAGCUUUCGAAAGAGAGAAAACAGCCAACAUUCUUUGUGGUGGUUUUGACUGAUAUAGACUCAGAGAGGCACUACUGUUCCUGCUUAACUUUCUAUGAAGCAGAGAUUAAUUUACAGGGAAAAGAAAUUGAAGGUGAAGAGGAGUCUGGUUUAAUCCCGCCUGCAGAAGUAUUUGCUCCUAAGAGUCUGGUUUUGGUGUCCAGACUAGAUUAUCCAGAAAUUUUCAGGGCUUGCCUUGGCCUGAUCUAUACUGUGUAUGUGGAUAGCCUGAAUGUGUCACUGGAGACACUCAUUGCAAAUCUGUGUUCAUGCCUUGUCCCUGCUUCUGGAGGGUCUCAGAAGUUGUUUUCUUUGGGAGCUGGAGACCGACAGCUGAUACAGACUCCUCUACAUGAUAGCCUUCCUGUUACAGGCACCAGUGUGGCUCUUCUCUUUCAGCAACUGGGAAUCCAAAAUGUACUCAGCUUAUUCUGUGCUGUGCUUACGGAAAAUAAGAUUCUCUUUCACUCAGCAAGUUUUCAGAGACUCAGUGAUGCCUGUAGGGCUCUGGAGUCUUUGAUGUUUCCCCUCAAAUACAGUUAUCCCUAUAUUCCAAUCCUUCCUGCACAGCUAUUGGAAGUUCUCAGCUCACCAACACCUUUCAUAAUUGGCGUACAUUCUGUCUUUCGCAAUGACAUUCAUGAGCUUUUAGAUGUAAUCAUAGCAGACCUGGAUGGAGGCACAAUUAAAAUUCCUGAAUGUAUUCAUCUUUCUCAGCUGCCAGAGCCACUGCUACAUCAGACUCAAAUGGCGCUAUCUCUAGUUUUGCAUCCUGAUUUGGAAACAGCAGAUUAUGCAUUCCCUCCCCCACGAGCAGCUUUAUCACACUCAAAAAUGCUGGACAAAGAAGUGCGAGCAAUCUUCCUUAGACUAUUUGCACAACUUUUCCAAGGAUACCGAUCAUGUCUUCAGCUGAUCAGAAUCCAUGCUGAGCCAGUGAUUCAUUUCCAUAAGGCAGCCUUCUUGGGUAAACGAGGCUUAAUUGAGAAUGAUUUUCUAACCAAAGUGCUCAAUGGAAUGGCAUUUGCUGGUUUUGUGUCAGAGAGGGGUCCUCCUUUCAGAGCCUGUGAUCUUUUUGAUGAGUUGGUAGCCUUUGAAGUUGAAAGAAUUAAAGCUGAGGAGGGUAAUCCACCAAAAAUGAUAAAGCAUGUUAGAGAACUUGCAGAACAGCUCUUCAAAAAUGAGAAUCCCAAUCCCCACAUAGCAUUCCAGAAAGUGCCACGGCCCAUGGAGGGCUCCCACUUGCGGGUUCACAUCCUUCCUUUCCCCCGGAUCAAUGAGUGUCGGGUGCAGGAGCUUCUCCAGGAAGGCCUUGCAAGGAGUCAGGGUGCCCCUCCUGCCACCCGGGGGGACAAGAAGUGUGUUGUUCCAGCGGGUCCCCCUGUUGUUUCCAUAAUGGAAAAAGGAAGCACAGUUUUCAACAGUGCACAAAGGCUGGAAGUUGUUAGAAAUUGCAUCUCAUUCAUUUUUGAAAACAAAUUUUUGGAGACUGAAAAGACCCUGCCUGCAGCUCUGAGAGCCCUAAAGGGAAAGGCAGCUCGGCACUGCCUGACACAGGAAUUAGGCUUGCAUGUUAAACAAAAUCGAGCAAUACUGGACCAUCAGCAGUUCGACUACAUUGUGCGAAUGAUGAAUUGUGCUUUGCAGGAUUGUUCAUCUUCAGAAGAAUAUAACAUUGCUGCAGCAUUGCUACCCCUGACAACUGCUUUUUACAGGAAAUUAGCACCUGGAGUUAGUCAGUUUGCUUACACCUGUGUGCAAGACCAUCCUAUCUGGACUAACCAACAGUUUUGGGAAACAACCUUUUAUAGCAAUGUGCAAAAUCAAGUUCGCUCCCUCUACCUUUCAGCGAAAGAUGACAACCAUGCAGUACAGUUGAGACAAAAGGAGAAAAAUUCUGUAGGUUCAGACCAAGAUAAGACAGCAAUGGACCUGGCUGCUGAGCAAUUGCGAUUAUGGCCAACUCUUAAUAAGCAAACACAGCAGGAGCUCAUCCAGAAUGAGGAAAGUACAGUUUUCAGUCAGGCAAUUCAUUUUGCUAACCUCAUGGUCUACCUGCUAGUACCACUGGAUACAAGUAAGAACAAGUUGUUGAGAACAUCGGCUACAGGUGACUGGGAGAGUGGAAGCAACAGUAUUGUCACAAACAGUAUUGCAGGCAGUGUUGCAGAGAGUUAUGACACUGAAAGUGGAUUUGAGGACUCUGAGAAUAAUGAUGUUGCAAAUGCAGUUGUACGUUUUAUCACGAGAUUUAUUGACAAGGUUUGCACAGAGAGCGGUGUUACACAGGAUCACAUCAAGGGUCUUCACUGCAUGAUACCUGGCAUUGUUGCAAUGCACAUAGAGACCUUGGAGGCUGUCCAUCGUGAGAGUAGGCGGCUUCCACCAAUACAGAAGCCCAAAAUUCUACGACCAACUUUACUGCCAGGAGAAGAAUUUGUUUGUGAAGGUCUCCGUGUGCUACUGGAUCCUGAUGGCAGAGAGGAAGCUACAGGAGGACUGCUUGGAGGCCCUCACAUCCUUCCUGCUGAAGGAGCUUUGUUCCUGACCACUUACAGAAUUAUAUUUAAAGGCACUCCUCAUGAUCAACUGGUUGGAGAGCAGACAGUGAUCCGGAGCUUUCCUAUUGCAUCUGUUACGAAGGAGAAGAAGAUCACUAUACAAAACCAACUGCAGCAAAGUAUGCAGGAAGGACUGCAGAUCACUUCAGCUACCUUUCAGUUAAUUAAAGUAGCAUUUGAUGAAGAAGUAAGUCCUGAAGUGGUGGAAAUAUUUAAGAAACAGUUAAUGAAGUUCCGUUAUCCUCAGUCUAUCUUCAGCACUUUUGCAUUUGCAGCUGGGCAAACAGCACCACAGAUUAUUUUACCAAAACAAAAAGAAAAGAACACAUCAUUCCGUACCUUCUCAAAAAGCAUUGUGAAAGGAGCAAAACGUGCUGGGAAGAUGACAAUUGGACGCCAAUAUUUAUUAAAGAAGAAGACAGGCACAAUAGUGGAAGAAAGAGGGAAUCGCCCAGGCUGGAAUGAAGAUGAUGAUAUCUCUGUUUCAGAUGACAGCGAGAUGCACACAGGUGGUACCCUAAAAGCAUCAGAAAAAUCAACAAUGGAGCAAUUAGUAGAAAGAGCCUGUUUCAGGGACUAUCAACGCUUGGGACUAGGGACCAUCAGUAGUAACUCUUCCCGUUCAAAACCAGAGUACUUGAGAGUAACUGCACUGAACAGGAUGUAUUCACUUUGCAGGAGUUAUCCUGGGCUUCUGGUAGUACCUCAGUCUGUUCAAGACAACAGUCUGCAGAGAGUUGCUCGCUGUUACCGUCACAAUCGUCUACCAGUUGUUUGUUGGAAGAACACUAAAACCAGUACUCUUCUACUUCGAUCUGGGGGCUUUCAUGGAAAAGGUGUUGUUGGCCUCUUCAAAUCCCAAAACACACACACUACAGCUCCUACUUCUUUAGAAUCUUCAAGCAGUAUAGAACAGGAGAAAUACCUACAAGCCUUACUGAAUGUGAUAUCCGUCCACUGCAAAAUGAAUGGCAGUAACACUCUUACUGCUAGACCACCAAUUUCUCUGUCUCCAGGUGUAUGGACAAGUCUUCGUUCAAGCAGUCGAUUUAUCAACACUCAGACGCCAUUCAUUGAUGUUGGUGCAAGACUUGCAGGGAAGGAUAACAGCACUUCCUACAGCAGCAGCACUUUUCUGCAAAGUCAGCUUUUGAGGCGGCAAGCAGCCCUCUAUAUAUUUGGAGAAAAAUCUCAGUUACGGGGAUUCAAGCUUGAUUUUGCUUUGAAUUGUGAAUUUGUUCCUGUUGAAUUCAGUGACAUCCGACAGACAAAGGCAAGCUUUAAAAAGCUGAUGAGAGCUUGUGUUCCCAGCACUAUUCCUACAGAUUCUGAGGCAACAUUCCUUAAAGCACUUGGGGAGUCAGAGUGGUUCCCACAGCUUCACAGGAUAAUGCAGUUGGGUGUCAUCAUCUCUGAGCUCCUUGAAAAUGGUUCUUCUGUUAUGGUUUGUUUGGAAGAUGGCUGGGAUAUUACUGCACAAGUAGUAUCUCUGGUGCAGUUACUCAGCGAUCCCUUCUAUAGGACUCUUGAAGGCUUUCGAAUGCUGGUGGAAAAAGAGUGGCUCUCUUUUGGUCAUAAAUUUAGUCAACGUAGUAGUCUGACUCUCAAUUGUCAGGGUAGUGGAUUUGCUCCUGUUUUCUUACAGUUCUUGGACUGUGUGCAUCAGAUUCAUAACCAGUACCCAACAGAGUUUGAGUUCAAUCAAUAUUAUCUGAAGUUUCUGGCUUUUCAUCACGUAUCAAAUCGAUUUAAAACUUUUCUUCUGGAUUCAGAUUAUGAAAGACUAGAACAUGGGACACUAUUUGAAGAUAAAGGAGAUAAACAUGCUAAAAAAGGAGUUUGUAUUUGGGAAUGUAUUGAAAAGAUGCACAAAAGGAGCCCUAUUUUCUUCAAUUACCUCUAUGCCCCUGCUGAAAUAGAGGCACUGAAACCAAAUGUAAAUAUGUCCAGCCUCAAAAAGUGGGAUUAUUAUGUGGAAGAGAUUUUGGCUACAGGUCCUUCCUAUGAUUGGACCAUGGUAACUGCCAAAUGCAGUGUUUCAGAGGAAGCUGACCAAUCGGAUAGUUCACUCUCUCAAACUAAGAGGAAAAUAGUAUGGCCAUGUUAUGAUGAUGUUAAAAAACUACAGCCUGAUGCCAUCAGCAGCCUUUUAAAUGAAAUCGAGAAGUUGGAAAGUAAAUUAAAUCAGAGCCCAGAAAGGUGGCAGCUUUUGUGGGAAAGAGUCAAAAUAAGUCUAAAAGAUGACACCAGGCAAGACAAUCUCCGAAGAGAUCCUUCUGGCUCCUCAGGAAUGAUGUCAGCUAAUCUACAUUCCUAUCAAAAGAGGUCUUUGUUGGAAAUACCUGGCAGUGGGCUGGGUGAAGAACAGAGUGCAAGUAUCCCUCCCUCUAAUGGAGUAGACAGAAGAACAACUACACUAUACAAUCAUUUCACAUCAAAGAAUGAUGAAAAUAGAUCUUUUGAAGGUACGCUAUACAAAAGAGGAGCUUUACUAAAAGGUUGGAAACCUCGCUGGUUUGUGCUGGAUGUGACAAAACACCAGCUGCGAUACUAUGAUUCUGGUGAGGAUACAAGCUGUAAGGGACACAUAGACCUUGCAGAAGUAGAAACUGUGAUUCCUGCUUCUCCGACAAUUGGAGCCCCAAAACAUGCAAGUGAAAAAGCUUUUUUUGAUUUGAAGACAAAUAAACGUGUGUAUAAUUUUUGUGCCCAAGAUGCACAGAGUGCUCAACAAUGGAUGGAUAGGAUCCAGAGUUGCAUUUCAGAUGCUUAGAAAGGAAGAACGUUUCAUGAUAAAGACACGUUUAAAGCAUCUCUUCCUGUAAGAAGCUAAGUUCUGAAAUGUUACUGACAGACAGCCAGCCUUCCUUACAUUUCAGCCAUAAAAGUUCAUAAUAUGCUAAAAUUCCCUUCCUAUUCAAUAAUUAUAACCACUGUAACUGCUAUUUUUUUUCUGCAGGGAGGACUUUGAGAAAUAAUCAUCAAUUUAUCCUGAAUUUCCACUUUCUUCAGUAUAAUCCCUAGCUAUAAAAAGGGUCUGUAUUUGCACUAUCACCUAAUCCUGGUUUUAUCAUUUCAGAGCUCUUCUGUUAGGAAGCCUGUCCAGAGGAAAUCGUAGAAAUUUUCUCUCCAACAGGAAGUGAACUUUCACUUUAUUUAUAUUUUCAAGCAAAAUGUUCUUAUUUCCAAGCUAGUCAUGCAUAAGAGGGAACGUAUCUACAGUUCCUUUAAAUAAAUAAAUAAAUGAAGUCUGACAGUCCAGUGGCAUAUAUAUCAGGUUGCCAAUUUUUAUAGACAGUUGACACUUUUAAAGACCAAAAAGUGAAAUGCCUGAAACCAGACUUCCAAGUGUUUUAUCAGUGUGCAGGUCAUUCUCUAAUAUUGUGCACUCUAAUAUUGAGCACUUCUGCAAUGUGGUUGCUCUAUUUCAAUUUCUAGGGAUUAUCUGAAGAUCAUAGCACUUUUCUUUUUAGAUUCUAUUUACAAUAGUAUAAAUGAAAGAAAACUGGCUGACACUAUCCAGGAGAAAUGGAAAACAAACUAGGAAUUCAGUAGAAGAAAGACCUCUUAUGUGUGAGUUGUAUAUGUUAACUUAUAUGCUGUUCUGCUCACUGUAAAAUACAAAAUGACAAAUGUAAUAAUGCACUAAACAAUGAAGCAAGCACUUGCACUGAAAUCUUUAAAAUGCAGACAUUUUGCAGGACAGAGCUAAGUUAUUUAUAGCAGAACAAUAUUAGCUCGUUAACAACAUUACAGAUAUUAAAUAUGUACAUAAUCAGGUUUGAUGUGUCAUGAUUUGAUACUUUUUAAACAUUUUUGCACAUGAAUUGGAAGACUGUUUAUAGAUUUUUACAUUUGAUAAAAUUGUGUUUGUUCAGCUUAAAAUCCUGGCAAAACAUUUUUAAUAGCCCCAAGAUAGUAGAGAUUUUACAAUCUGCCGAUAGUGGUGACAUUGAGUAGAGUAUGUAGGUAAUUAAGCCAUUGUUUUUAUUUUAAAAUGUUAAUAUUUUAAAUAGCACACUAAUCUUACAAAAGGUUUGUAUAUAUGAGUCACUAUUUUCUCAUUUUUCCAGAUGUUCUGCUUGUAAUUUACUGUCAGCCUAACCAAACUGACUAUACCUGUAAGAUUUUUCAGUUACUAAAUUGUUUGUGAGUUUGCUUGGGUUUUUUUUUAUAACUAAUGUAUUUUGUCAGAAAGGAACACAAACUUCUCACCACACACAAUAGGAAAUGCAGCUGGUUUUAAUGCAUUUACAAUUUCAAGACAAAAAUAUGAAGGAUUUUUCUAGCAUUUUUCAAUUGACAAAUUUCCACCUGUGACGAUGGUGUUUGCACAUUUGUAUUUUUCUUUGUAUAUGAAGUACUUUUAUAUGUACUUUGUAAAAUACUGAUCCUGUUCUUCAGUUAUAUGAAAAUAUACAUACCACUCCUUAUUUUGUAACUAGUUAAUUUUAAAUCUUGUAUGUUAUGUGAUAUAUGUAUGCUAACCAUCUUGUAAUAAAUACACUUCUUGAGGAAAAGUAAAAACCUUUCCUUUUACUGUAAAAGAGAAAAAAGCAAGACCCACAUGUUGAAGUAUUUUCACAGGCACAAGACAAAUCCUUAUUUACUCUGUAUUAAGAAUAGUGAGUGUAUUAAAAACUAUGUGGUCUUUUGUAUACUUGUAAAUAUUCUUACAUAAGAGUUGCACUUGAGCAUCCUUAACUCCAACAUUUGUCAACAGUAACACUAAAGACUAAAGAAAUCAGAAUUUAAAGCAAAAUUACCAUUCUAACAAGUCUCAAUUUAUAGCCUUUACUAAAAGGCUAAAUACAUAUAAUGUUCAUACUAAGUUAUUGAAUAAUGAUGUUAAUUUUUUUUUUAAUCCUGUUUGGUAUCACACCAUAAAUCAACUGCAUACUUUCACCCUGGAAUGUAUCUCAUUUAUAUCACCUUCUGCAAAAAUUAUCUAGUUCAUAAGAAAUAAAAUAUAAAAAAAUGACAGUCUUACUUGAGAUUAUGCAUCUAAAUUGAAUUACUGAGUGUAAUGUGGGAUAGCAUAGUUAAAAUGGAAAAGGAAUGUGUGACAGAGGUAGGAGACUUGUGACAAUUCUUGGAUGCUGUGGUGCUUAAGUGGUAAGGUUUGCAUAUUGAGCUUGGCAUGGAUGCUAAUGUUGCCUUAAAUGUUGAUCUCAAUUUUUAGUGUCUAUAUUGAUGGAAAAUGGACUUGAG